CGUUCACCAGCAGCCUUACAGGCUGAGAAAAUGCAGGCGACUUCUGCUUUCAGAGCCUGCCCUACACUCACUGUGCCACGCGUCAAGAUGACUGCGAGCUCUGCCUGGUGCAGCCCUACUCUGCUGCUGCUGUUCUUCUCCCCGGCCCUGUGGGCAGCAGAGAUUUCCUGCAGGAAUGAAGAUGGGGAGGCAGUGGACUGGUUUGCUCUGUACAAGCUGCCGAAGCACACCAAAGGAGAUUGCACAGGGCUGGGCCUGGAGUACAUGUACAUGGACAGCCUGACGCAGCAGUGGCAGCCUGGCAGGUACCUUGUCAACAUGACGCAGGGCGCUCUGGGACAAACACUGGGACAGCUCUACGAAGCAUACGAGUCCAAGGGGAACAACACUGCAUAUGCGAUCUAUAAUGAUGAGGUCCCUCGUUCAGGCUCCAUCAACUGGAAAAGAGGACACACCAAAGGAUUUCUGCUCUUGGACAAAUCACAAGGCUUCUGGGUGAUCCACAGCGUGCCCCUGUUCCCCCCCUUCCCUGAGGAUGGCUAUGGGUACCCAGCCAGUGGGGAGUCCUACGGACAGACGGCCAUCUGCAUAACCUUCGCAUACGACCAGUUCAUAGAAAUAGACCAACAGAUGCUGAGCUCGAAUCCAGAAAUCUACAGCUGCUCCCUCCCUGAUACCUUCCAAGCUGAUCUCCCAAACCUGCAAAAGCUCUGUGCGGGUUCCAGGCUGCCCUUGGGCCCCCUACGCCGCCUCUCCAAGCUGCAGUCAGCACAUGGGGAAGCCUUUCUCCACUUUGCAAAGUCUAAUUCUUUCGUGGAUGAUAUCUACGUGGCCUGGGUGGCUCAGGAACUGAAGACUGAUUUGUUGGCUGAAUCCUGGCAGCACUCUGGCCAAAAGCUUCCCUCAAACUGCUCUCUCCAGUACUACGUCUACAACAUAAAUCUCAUAGGGACACCACUGAAUUCUACCUUCCAUUCGAUCCAGGAUCAUUCCAAAUGGUCUGUUUCAAUGAAGGAUGAAGUUCAGUGGACCUGCAUUGGAGACCUAAACCGCGCUGUUGAGCAAGCUUGGAGGAGUGGUGGGUUCAUCUGUACACAGAACAAACACAUCUACAAUGCUUUCAGACAUUUGGUGAUCCACUAUGAAAGCUGCAAUGAUGCUUCCACGUGGAUAUAAAUGGACCAUUCCUCCCAAACAGCAUAGCCCCUCAUUACAAAAAAUGUGUAGGAAAUAACCCCCUUAAACUAUAUUUUCUCUCUGAAAAAAUGGCCCUGUGAGUUGCCAGAUGUGCUAGACUUUCACCUCAUUAGCUAUAAAAGCAGUCAUUUUAUGGGUUGUUUUUCUCCCUGCACCGAGAUGCUGAGGCAAAGCAUGCUGCUGCCAGCAGUGGUUCACAGGGGACCUCUGUGAGUAAUGCUGGACAGGGGAUGUUAGGAAGAAUGAAAACUUGCCUUGCUACCUAGGCUGUCUGGAAUGGGCUGUUGACAGGAGAAAAGUACCCCAAAAUGAUUCAAAAUCACCCCCUUUUCCAGAUUCUGUUGAAAUCAGAUCGUGUCUGUUGAGGCUGGGCUGAAUUUCUUAAAAGCCAGGCGUAAUUGGAUGCAGACAGGAAGACAAGUAGUCUGGGGACAAGAAGGCUUCAUUUUUAUGAUUAAUUUUUAGAUAAGAAAUGAGCUUUGAAUCAUUUGUAACCAGUAGCUUGGGAAUGUUUCUAGUGCUUUUAUUCAUGUGCAGCAAUCAUAUAAGCCAAUAAACACGUCCAAAAUAUGAAUGAAUAAAAUAAAUUAAGAGAGAAGAUGUUAUUUUUAUGGUCUCUCUCUUCCAUAUAUAGCUACUUGUGAUUGGUUAUAAGGUUUUAUAGCUGCCAAAGGAAAAAUUGAGAAAAUUAGGGGGAAAAAAAAGAAGAAAAUAUUUGAAGGAAGAUGUUAUUUCAUCUACAUUUUCACACUACAGCUAAUGUGGCUGUUAAUUUUUGAUACCUCCAUUCUCAGGCCUAGCAUUUGAAGUUUGCAUAGAUUUGCUAUAAAGACAAAGCUAACUUGCAAACUCAUGAUAACAUUUCUUGACUCAAUUUUUAAUAUGUUCCUAGGUACAUUUGUAGGAAUAUAUCUCACCUUGCUAUUUUUUUUUCCUGAACUGCUAUAAACUCCUGUUUGAAGGUUUGCCUGCCCUGCUAAUAUUUCUGUUUUGCUGUGUUCAUAGUCCAUACCCCCUGACAAUACAAGUGCUGAGUAGCUAUAAAGAAAUACCGUAGGACCACAAGAAUUUACUCAAGAUUUCCUUCCCUUUCCAUCCUGAAAAACCAACCAAACAACAAAGUGUUCAAAGUACCAAAUAAAUUAAUAUCGUAUCACAUUUGUGCAUACUUCUUGAAGAAAUAAAACUACUGUAUCUGGCCUGGUUAAUGGGGAGAAUUGUGCAGAACUGGACUAUAUGUUUAGUCAACCUGGAUUGAAGCACUGCGUGCGCAUGACCUCAGUGUACAGGAACGACAAGGAGCCCUUCACUGGUGACAGCUCUGGUGAGGUGCUCCGUGGUGCAUCAAGGGCACCAGGACCUGCUCCAACACAUGUAUUUCCUAUGGGAGAUGCUCAGCCGCAGUGUUUGGCUCACAGAGCUCAAUAACAUGGAGUCUCCACCCCCAGGCUGACAUAGUGGUGUGUCACAGUCCCGAUCCCCAAACCUAUAACUGGAAUGUAAGUGCUAAUUGGUAUUCUUAAUUAUUUGCUCAAUCGAUAGCUAUCAUAGAGCAAGACUGUUCACAGCAUUCCUCUCCCAGUGUGCUCCAGAUUGGUUGCUUCCAUGUCAGCUGCUACUAAAGAGGCAUAAUCAGCAGUGGGAAGAUGGAAAGAAACCCUACACUGCCUAAACAGUCAGGUUGGGCACACACUCAUUUCAAUGGUGUAGCAAUAAAAAGGCUGCUGUUCUGGUUCUUACUUUUUCUGACUGUGAACAGUUUUAAUGUAGUUUUCCUUUCGUUGCAUAAUGUCCAUAUUUACAUAUCUCCCAGUAUUUCCACUACACACAUUAUGAAACAUGGGCAGAUGCUUUUUUUUCCCAAAACAGACCUGUGAUCAGCAAUCUGAACUUCUGGAUUUUCAAAUGGCCUGUAUCUGUCAGGCUACCUGUGUGUCAUCAGGACCACAUCCACUAGCUCAAUCUCACAUGCCCUCAUAGCACACUCUAUCACUGGUGUGAGGUAAUUAUUUUUGCAUAUUUUUACAAGGGUUUAAUUUAAAAUGUGCUGUUCCUUACCAAAAUGUCAAAUGCUCCACAGCUCUACCUGCCCAGUGCUCCCUUUUGCUGACCCCUCUAGUGCCCAUGGAGGGGAACACUCAGCACAGCCCCCACUAGGACCUGGUGAGCCACAAUGGGGCUGCUGAAGGACAGAAGAGUUGGAUCCAGCAUGGAGAAGGCAGAAAGCUCUUCUUCUUCUAGAAUCCCCUUGUCUGAUUCCCUUGAUACACAGGAGGUAACUUGUGGCCAUUCUGCAUCUCCUGCAAGUCAGAUAAAAGCAAGAAACAUCUUUUCCUUCCUUUCACCACUUCACAGCCUGGGAGCUGCAAGCUAAUAAUUAAAUAUUGAAAGCUUUACCAGAGAAGGGCAGAGUGUUCAGUGUGACCUGCUGGAGUGCUGGUGGUUGCUGCAAGCAGUUCACUGUAGUACACUUGUCUUAGCAUUGCAUAAUUUAUUAAUCAUAGAAAUUGUGCAUGCAAAUCAGCUACACACUUGUGCAUCAUCAUGUACUAACCAGUAUAUUUAUUUUUACAUGCAUUAAAGCCCUCAGAUAAUCAUGUUGCAUUACAGCAGUGCACCUUUUCUCUAUCGCCUUCUGAAACCUGUCAAAUGCUUGCUAAAAGCCAUGUCAUCAAGUGUGCUGGGUUUUUGCUGUUGUUCCUAUACUUUCCAAAAUGUGACAGUGUUUAGCUCCAGGGCUUUUUUUUGUGUGUCUGGAUUUUUACAGGUUUCCUUUUUGGGCUAAGGUUCUGUCAGCCAAAAAUCAAUAUUUCUUACAGUGCAAUUUAAAAAAUGUAUUCUCAUACUGGUAUGUUUAUGCUUAACACCACUGCCCACCUAUUCACGCUGAGGAUUAAGAACACUGAGCUCAGUGCAUGUUUCAGAAACUAUUUGCUUCCUUGCCCUGGCAGCUGCCCCAUUGCUCAUACUGAUCUUGUAAAUCCUGGGCACUGUGCACAUGAAAUCUGCAUCUUUUCUUCUCUUGCUUUCUAACUACUCUAAAUAAUGGGUUGCAUGAAAGUAAGAUUUUCAAGGGGAUAAUGAGAGAACUGACACUUUUGCAUGAGACAUUUUGUGAGGAAAAAGCAUAGAAGAAAUGCUGCGCAGCAAAGACAGACAAUUGCUGUAGCUGUGUUCCCUACUGCCCAGCAACCUGCCCUCCUCUUUACUGCCAAAAAACGUGGAGAACCAGAGAAAUUAGAAUGAAGAGAACUCAGAGUAAAACUCAGAAGAGUGAACAGGACAACAGAAGGUGAGCCAAGAGAGGAAUGAGCAAGAGAGGAGCAGAAGGAACAUUAGGGUGGGAGACACCAGUGGAGGUGCAGAAAUCUAGUCAACUACCUGUUUCACUUACUGUGAUAGCUACUGAGUAUUUAUCUGUUUUACAGGUAUAACCUCCACAGGCUGUGCUGCAGAGAGAAAAAAAAUGAGAAGCACAAACUGAAGUGAUUUAGCCAAGUAUUAAAAACCAAACAAAUCCGAUCACCUGGAAAGGAAGCAGCUCCCUGUUUGUUACCAAGCUUCCAAGAGGCAAAAGCUUUAAUAAAGGAAUAGUUCUACUGCAACAAAGGAAACAAGCAAGAAGAGAGAUGAGGACACAUCCUACGUCCAUUAAUGGCCGUGGAAAUUUGCCUUCAUCUUCAGUGGGAACAGAUUUUCAAAGACAUGGGAAUCGCCCAUACAAACCAGAGGAUAAAAUCUGAACCUUCCAUGGUCUAUGACACGAACCAGAAGAUGGCCCCAACACAGUGGAAAUGUCCCCAGCAGGAGUUUCACAGCCAGGCUUGACCACAGUCCUGUGUGUGGCGCUGGCUGCUGGGACGGACGUCAUCGAGGCCACAGGCACGGGCAGUGUCUGUGGUAGAGCCCUCCCUGAGGCUGGGCCAGGCAGGAGCCAGGCAGAGAUGCAUCUCCUCUUGGUGAACACUGACCCUCUUGCUGAUUAUGGGUUUACUUUCAGUGCCCUGCAUUUGGGAAGAUGAGCAGCGUGGACAGUAGUAAUCUUCCCCAGGGAGAUUCAAGCUCUUCUUCAAGGGCCAAGAACUCAUCCUGGGCACUAUCUGCCUGCUGAAUGCUACAAAAAGCCAAUGCAGAAAAGCCCAGAUGAAGGAGCUAUGUGAUCGCAAGCAUCUCUGCAGCUGCUGUUUUGCUACUGGCACUACACAGCAAAGUAGACAUUAAAAGAACAGAGGUGCCAUUCUUCUGCUAGCAGCAGCAUUCAUCUCCCUCUCAUCCCUUUGGACAACUCCUUUUUCCACUCCCAGGAUUGCACCACAUCAACUCACUGUGUGACAGUGCACACACCAGGACCUUGUUACACUCUUGAAGGAUUUUCUAAGCUUGAGAGACCAGUUCUCAAAAGCUCUCUAGCAAAGCACUUAUGUUGCCAUCAUCACUCCCUCACAGGGAACUGAUAGAAGACUAUCAGAAGGGUGAGUCCUGGUUUUCAGUACCUUCUAUGAAUUGGGCUUCAAAAAUUAAAGUCAGCUUUUCUAAAAUUGAUCCUUCAUAAUUACAAUUGAAAAUGAUGUAUUUGCCAAAUGCUCAACAGCCUUGAAAACUGGAUCUGAUGUGUUCAAGGUAAAAAUAAAGGUAUAAGUCUGUAAUAUAUUUCACACUUAGAAACUUUUUGCGUAUACUCUCAACUGGAACGUAUGUUUUCCUUUUUAAAGAAAGAAAAAGUGAUACCUCUUUCAUUAUUGAUACAGCUGUGUAACUCAGCGUUUUGAAUUUUCUAUUUCAGAUUUCCCCAGGAGAAAGUUGUCUCUGCGGAUGCCCCAGACUCUGCCAAAUGAUUGGCUUUCUGACCAGCUCAGUCAUUUAAUUUUGUUGCAUGUUUUAGACAUCCAUUUUUCUCUCUUAACUUCAAUUCUAUGUUUUUUCUUCUGCAGGCUUAUAAGAAAAAAAACACAAAACACUUGGACUGAAAGGAAAGCACAUGUAUCAGAACAGACUUUAGGAUUUCUUUUACUUCAAACACCCGCAGCAUCAUGUCCCAGAUGGCUUAAUACUGAGGAGCACUUUGGAAAGUCAUUUGUAUGGAUAUAUGAACAUGCCUUUUAUAAAAAGAAAGGUACAACUGAAGAGCUCUAAUACUGUAAAGAAAUCCACUUAAAAGUGAAGAAAGAUAGGAAUGACAAUUGUCUGUGCAGCUUUGAUAUGGCCUUUGUGUAGCUUUCUUAUACAACUGUCUUUAAUCACCUGCUGGACAGUCCUUCAUUUAGUGUACAAGAUCUUCAGCAUUCUUGGAUAAUGGGUAGGAGCGUUUUGCUGGUUUUUAAUUCUUUUUAUUAAAUGUGUAGUCUUCUGUUCCUACUUAUUGCCCAUUAGCCAGCUCCUUCCCAGAAACUAACUACAUCCUGGAGUUUGACAUGUUUAGCUCCCUGAAGCAUUACAGUUCUUGCAUUUGGUCUAGAAUUACCCUGGCUUUAUGCAAAGGCUUUACCAAGCAGCAAAGCUUUUCUUAAAACUCACUGAAAUGCUUUUCACUCUGAGUACAUAGUUUGGUUUCAGCUAGGCAGUUGCCUGAUAGAUAGUACUAUAACACAGUAUCUUUUCAAAAUCCUGGUAGGUGGAAUCUUGGUUUGAGAACACACUGGGACGUUCAGUAGCACUGAUAUUUUAGGUCACAACUGUUAACAAUUCUUGGAAGAGUAAGAAGUAUUUAAAGUCCAGGUGGUUCGGGAAGCCAGCAGUGAAUUAUGAGGCAGCAAAAUGUGGGAUAACUAAAAAGGUAAAGAGGAUUGUCUGCUGCAGCUUGUCUUUUGAAACAAGACAAAUGGGAACAACUCAUGCAUACAAACAUGAAGAGGACAGCACAGAGUGGUGGAGUGCCUGCCUCUUCCUAAGGCAGAAUCAUACCUAAGGAAACAGCCUAGGGGUGAGGGCACCAGACUGACAUCUUACCUGAAACAACAGCAUUAUUUUGUUUCAUCUCUGCCAUCAGGCAUAAUGGAAUGAAAGACCCUGAGCCUAAAGAAAAGCAAAUAAUUACUCCCCAAACAAGAUGGACUGUUUCCUCAAAAGGUGUUGUAAAGGAAAAGCUUAUCUGCAUUCAAAGCUGGACAGGUACACAGAGAAACAACAGCAUGGCCAGGGAGUGUGGUGACGUUCAUCCUUGUCAGGAUGGCAAUCUGUUCCCGGGCCUACCAAGCAAAAACACAGGUGAAUGAACAAGUAAGAACAAAAUUGUAACUAUCAGUGUCAGCCUGGAUUUUUAUAUAUGCAGUCUGGAAAAUUAUAUAUUUCAUUGUAAAAUAAUCCAGGAGAAUGAUGUGCUAAAAACCCUCAACAGAGAUCUGAGAUUACGUUCAUCUGAGCACUAUAUUCUAGUUAAGUUUUUAAAAAGUGUAAGAGAACUUGGUCUUCAAGCAGCUGUGUUGGGUCCUCCAUCACCACUCCACUUUUCAAUGACUGUGGUUGGCAUCAUAUUAACAGUAUCAGCCCUGCAGGUUGUGUAACAAGGUAAUGAUACAAGCUUUAGGGAUGAAGGUGGAGGUGCUGGUAGGAUGAAAAUGUCCCACCACCCACAUACAGUAAGAAAUAAUUGAGAUUAGGUGAGGCUGCAGUCAGACAUAAAAAUUAAAAAUAUUAUUUAUUAACAAUCAAAAGAACAAAUUAAACUAAAUUUAAACUAUUUAAUUAUAUUAGAUUAAAAAGUCUGAAAUGAUCUCUGUGAUCUUCUAGUCUGACUUCUUGUAUAACAGAGAGCAAAUUGUCCCAAAUUAGCUCCUUUUUGGACUAGAUUGCAUUAUUUUAAGGGGAAAAAAUCACAUCUUGAUAUAAAAAUUAACCUAAAAGCUAUGAUAAUGCUGGGUUACCAUCUCAACGGUCAGUUAUGGUAAACUAUAAGUUAAGACUGCAGCUCUUGGAUUUUUGUCUGCUAGAUUGAAGCCAUGUAUUUUUAGAGGCAUGUAAAGAGCCCUCGUUAACUUUCUCUUUGAUAAACUAAAUGGACAGAAGUCUUUGAACCCCACAUUAGGAGAGUAUCCUAAUCCUUUAAUCAUGUUUCAUGUCUAUUCUAUAAAACCUUUCUGAUUUUUCAUUGCUCUUUUUGACUUUAGAACACAGAACCCAUGUACAUUUUUCAUCAGUGACAGAUACAGAGGAUAUAUAUAAACCUCCCUACUGUUUCUCAAUAUUUUCUUGCUUGGGCAAUCAAGAGUUAGAUUCUCUGUUUUAGUCACUGUACCAAAGAAGUAGCUGUUGUGGACCAUUACAGUCUCCAGCUCCUUUUCUCUGGCUGCUUCCCAAGAGAGCACUCCAUGUAAGAUUUGCUGCGCCCUUGUUCUUUCUAGACUUAGUCUAAUUUAUCUCUAUAAAGAAAAGAAAAGAAAAAAAAGCUUUCACACUAUUUUUUCUAGAAGAAUAAACCAGAAAGGGGCUUCUCAGAGGUUAUUCAUGAAAUAUAUGUGGAAAAGAAAACAGGAUAGGAUGGGGCUUCUAAGUCCUAUAUUGGCACUAGCAAUGUGCACUUACAUUUGAAUUUGAAUUGCAGAGGCCAUGCCUAGAAGCUUUGCCAGCUGAUGGAUACAAUCCUGGUAUCAGACUGAAUGUUGUAAUUACAUUUCAGGUGCAUUUAAAACUAAUGUUAUUCUGCUGGUGAAAUAAAUGAAUAGGACUCAACCAUUAAGCCUUCCCCUAUCAAAGGGAACCAUGUUGUAUUUUCUCUUCAUUAAUAAUUGCACACAACCCUAGGAGGUAAAAGUAAAGCCAUUCAGCUGCACCAAACAGGAGGAAAAUACAAUCAAAUUGGAAAUAUAGGCAAAUGAAAACAUUGUCUUAGCUAAUGCAUCUUUGUCAUCUUGUACUUUGUAGCUUUGACUGAAAUGGUGUUUUUUUAUUCUGUCCUCCAUCUCUGACCUGAAUAUCCACAAACCUUGGCAUCAGUCUAUGAGUGCUGGAUAGAGCAACAAAUUUGCUGAACCACAUACACCAAGUAAAGGAACAACUGUAAUAAGAAGUAUAACUUAAAACCAGAUUUCAGGAUGACUUUCUUUUCUUUGUUCAAUCAUAUCUUGUGCAUCAGUCAGGAUUAGAUCUGACAAGCUUCUGCUGUAAAAUGUUAUAAAACAGGCUGAAAUCUGGGCCAGGACUAGGGGCAUUCUUGGGAAGCUCUCUGGAUUUCCUGGAGGGUGAGGUGUGGCUCUGUAAGUGGGUGGUUAAUGCCAGUGAUUUUAUGUUGCCAGUAAUUAUGUGCAGCUUGAGUUUCAUUAAUAAGAGCUACAUAUGCAUACUGGAAAAAAAGAGUUUAUCUGACACUGAGAUUAUUACAUGUUGCUAGUUAACAAUGUUCAUUACCUUUGUUAUUUUGUGAUUAGCACUUAUAAACGCCCAAAACCAUGUUUAUAUUUUACCAACACAUAAGAAAAAAUGUUCUGUCACUGAGAGUUUAAAAGAGAGGGAUAUCUAGUCAUAUAUAUUCCACCAAUCUUUUUAAUGUUUUAGAACUAAUUUUCCUUGCAUUACUAACUGUUGUAAGUAAACUCAGUCAUUUUGCUUUUCUUUAUAAUUCCUACCAGAUAUAGAAAUAUGCUUCCCAGAAAGUUAUCCUGAGGUGAAAACCCAGCAUGGAAAUAUCAGUCUUAAAAGAUUUCAUAAACUAAUAAAGAAAGGAAGCAGAAUCUUAUCACAGGGGAUGGGAUGGGCAGCCUUAAAUGAAAGCAAUACUACCAUUCUAGUGAAUAUUCACCAAAAUUGAGCAAUAAAAAUGGGGAAAAGAAGAAAUGACACUGUAGUCUAGCAAAGAAUGUCUUUUAGCCUGAUUUCAUUAAAAACUCUUUCACUGCAGUCUCUAGUCAAGCACUAUUUGAAUAUUAUGACAGAUAUUCUAAAAUUAUUCUAGUUUUUUGAAGGUUUGUGGGUUUUUUUUUUUUGUUUGUUUUUUGUUUUUGGCUCCAUUUUGAUGUUUCAUGGCAUUAUACGUUUUUCAUGGCAUCAUAGUCCGGAAGGAAGCACUGAUUCUCCAUCCUGACCUUUUGCCCACUGUGGGUGAUAGAACUAACUCAAGUGAUUUCCCCAUAAUUUCUGGGGGAGCUAGAAUACUUCCUUUGGAAAAAAAAAAAACACCUUCUCAGUUUAAAGAUUUCAGGUGAUGAGCAAUACUUCACAAGCCUUUUAAUCCAGAAAUGUCUCUUAUCUCAGCUUUCAAAUACUGCAUCUUUUAAAAGGUUUGUCUGCUAAACUGAAGAUUACCGUGAUGACAAUUAUUGUCCUUACUGAGGUAAUUUCACAUUCUUUAGCUCUUGUGUGAUUCAGUGAUGGGCUAAAGAGAUAAGGGUUUUAAAGUCUCUUCAGUAAGGGGAGUUUCUAGAUCCUAAGUCAACCAUCAAACCACUUCCUGUUUGCCAGCUUUUGCACAGAUAUCAGACCAAGACAUACUGCUCCACCAACAGAAUCCUUACGUAGUACAUACAGUGUGCUCCCCACAUUUGUACACCCGAGGACUGCAUUUCUGUGUGCACCUAAAUGGUUGUCUAUAUUGCUACUUUUCAUAUCGCAGUCCUCCAUCAGAUAACUGAUCUACAUAUUUCUUUCCUAGAAAUAUUAGCUUGUAAUUAACUGUAUUAGUUUGCACAUUGUUCACAUUAGCUCAACUUCCUUAAAAUUCUGGUAACACUGCAGAAUCUAUCCUUAUUAUGUAUCAUUUGACAACUUCUGUCUUUUAUGUAAAUAUUAGCUUAUAAAUUUUGAAACUAACUAAUAAAUGCUUCUGACUUA